CGGAGUUUCGGCUGCCCAAACCGAGUCUGUCCCGCUCGCUCAGUCUCUGACUCUCUAUCAAUCCCUCCGUCGGACUCCAAUCUCUAUUUUCAACAGAAUUUCCCAGUUGAGCAAUCCGAGUAAUAUUUGAUCCACAACAGACUUUACAUGGUGUCUGUCACUCUCAGCUUCAGUUCCAACAAUCCUCUAAUCCCUCCAUAACCCGUUUCUCACAUCAAGGUAAGCACCUCUCUCUCUCUCGACAUGCACAGCAUCUUUACUAAUUCAACCAUAUACCCACUUCGGAGCAAAGACACUCCUUUUUCCUUCAAUGACUACUCCUACUUCUCGAAUGAGAGGUAUGAUAGAGUCCCAUCACGAUCACCAUCAUGUUGUGGUUGUUGUCGAUGUUAUGCUUUUUCUACCCAUGCGGUGCCCACAAGUCCUAGCUUCUUAUAUGGGCUGAGGCAGUCCACCCUGAUUCAAUGGUCGCUUUCUAGAAGGCUGAUCUGGGGUGGUGGAGACCGGUACUAUUACGGGCUUCCGGUUUAUGGUUUGGAGCGACGUUGUUAUGGUCGUUCUCGUGCCCUGAAGAAGAUGAGUGUCUGUAAUAGUAGUAGGAGAAUAAAUGGAAGAUGUAGUUGUAUGAUUUCUGAGGAGGAAAAUGAAAUGCACCAUCGGGGUCAUUUCGACGAUGUGGAAUCAUUGUUGAGCUUGUUGAGUGAGGAAGUGGGUGCGGAAUCUUUUGGUGAUGUAGGGAGAAGUGGGUAUUCUUGUAAGAGAGUGGACGUGGGGAAGAGAUCAAAUUUUGGUGGUAGAGAGAGAAAUUCCAGUUCAUCUAGGAGAGCUGAGGUGGCGGAGGGAGGGAAGAGUGGUGGGAGGGAGAGAUAUGUGAGGUCAUCGAAGAGAGGGGACACGCUUAGGGUGGGGAAUAUUAAUUGUGGAGAGAGAAAUGUGAGUUCAUCUAAGCAAGCGGAGCUGGAAGAGUGGGGGAGUUAUGGUAGUGAAUGUUAUAGUGGGAAGAAAAAUGCUGGCUUGUCUUCCCUUGAAUGUGAUUCAAGGCAUGAACUGCAGUUGGUCCCGAUUGAGUCGAGGGAGGAGGAUUGUGUGCAGGAUGAGGAGUGGGGAACAUUUUCCAAAAAUGAAAAUCAUAGAAGAAGAAAAGGAGGUUCUAGUUCAUCUUAUUACUCAUUUUCGUCUUUGGGAGGUUUUGAGAGUGACAUGGAAGUUCAGGAUAAGCAGGGCAGAUUCAUGGAAGAAUCAUCAAGUGCGUAUAGGGACUCAGGAAAUAGUGGGAAGGAUAAAUUUGAGGCGGAAAUGGAAGUGGGUAUAGAGUAUAAGAUGCAUCAAGAUGCUGCAGAGGCACAGGGUGGUAUCCCUCAACAGAGAAAUACUGCUGUGAGAAAUGGUGUCGAGUGGGAGUGGAGGAAAAAGUCGGAGAAGAAGCUCACUGAAAUAUCAGUUGAAGCAACAGAGUCUAGGAACGAAUCCUCAGAAAUGCAUUCACCAGUGUCAAGAGUCUAUGGAAGUAAUCAUGGAAAGACAUCCAGUUCCCACAAGAAAAUUGAGGAUGAGGAAGAGACUUUAAAAAUGAUGAUAAAUAUGGACAAGGAAACAGGAAAGCAAUAUGGUCAAACAGAGAAUCAAGCCUUUGUAGUGUACAAGCCUAGAAGAAAAUACCAGAAACAUACGGAAUUGCCAGAGUUCCCUGCCAGUGAUGUAGAGACAACUUCCUUACAAAAAAGAAACUUCCAUCAACUCACUGAAAUGUCAGAAAUUGAAGAUGUUGAUGUUGAGAGGAUCUCUGAUUGGCCAAGACAAUCUGAUACUAGAAUGAAUAACCAAGAAGAAAAUUCAAAUUUGGUUGUGAGUUCAAUUCAGCAGAAAGAGAAGCGACACCUCCAAACAGGUGAAUGGACCAGUGAACAGAUUGACUCAGGAAGAAAAUCCCAGAAAGUCACUGGAAUAUCAGAAUUCCAUAAAGGUAAUAUUGAAAGAGCCUCCAUUACACAGCCAGAAACUAGGUUGAAGAGCAAGAGAGAGAAUUUAGAUCUGGUUUCCACUCUAAGUCCAGAAGUGAAGUGGCCACAUCCCAAAACAGAUAAACAAGAUCCUCAGAGAAUCCAGUCCCAGAAGGGAUCUGAAGAUGUCACUCGUAUAUCAGUGGUUCAAGCUAGUGAUAUAGAAGCAAUUACAGAUCAAAGAACUUCUGAAAAGAGUAACCUGACAUCACUUGCAAAACCAGUCGAGGAAACAAGAGAAAGACAUGAUCAAACCAAUGAAAUGGUCAAGCAAAUUAAAUCAAUGAGAGAGGGUCAAAGACCUUCUAAAUUACCAACUUUUCAUGAAGAAACCUCAGGAGAGGCCUCUAGUUUCCAAGUGGCUUUGAAUUUGGUUUCCCAGGGUCAAGUACAACAGAUUGAUGUGGAGGAGGAUAAGAGUAGCUCGGAGGCACUGCUAAUUCCUCCACCAUCUCAAUUGGUAUCUAGAGGCUCUCUGCAUGCUGAGAUGACUAGAGGGAAUGCAACCCUAGAGGAGGUUUCAGGUGAAACUUCAGAAAGUGGCUCUAGUGCCUAUUAUACAUGUUCAGGAGGCAGAGUCUCAGCUUUGCAACAUGAAUCAUAUGGUAAAGAUGAAAGUACUGAGACUUAUGGGGAGCCUUUAAACUUUAUCUCUCCUGAAGAUACUCUGGGUUCAGCUGAUCGUUUAGAGAAAUCAUCCGUGCACCAUGUGGAUGAGUUUGUUGAGAAGGUGAGGCAUGAAGUUUUGACGACUCAAAUCCAGAAGGAGAAGAAAGUUUCUGAAAUGAAGCUGGCUUCUGGUGAGUACAGGCAAGAGAGCUCAAGUCAAUUUGUUUCUGAAGACUCUCAAUUGAAGGUGCGUGGUUUGAGACGUUCAUCAGGGGGUUCUGGAACAAAGGGGCCUUCUGAUGAAAUGUGGGAUGUAACGGAUUCAUCUGUUCAGCAAACUUCCCAGGCAGAAGGACCACAGGAAACUACAACUACUGGGGAUGUCAUUGUGAAGAGAACUGGCAGGUCCUUGUGGGGUAUCAUAGCUGAUGUAAUUCGACUAAGGUGGGUUUCACAUGCUGAAUCCGCUAAUUUGGUCACAAGGUCAGGUGGAAGGAGUUCAUCAAACAAGUCUGCUAGCAGCGAGACAUGGUUUUCUGGUCGUGAGCAUGAGGAGAACAAUGAUGAGAAUACAAAAAGGGAAAAAAGAAGCAUGCCACCGGAAGUCUUGCCUUCUGAUCGGAACCUAUGCGGGAAAACUUCUAUUGAACGACAAGGAGAAGCUUCUGACACAAUGGGAUCAAAGGAUAAAUUCAGUUAUCUUGAAGCUGAUAAUUUGUCUUCCUUAACUGUAUCAGAAAUUGGGUCAGUGUCAAAAGGUAUUUCCUUGGCCUCUGGAAAUGAAAAUUUAGGUUUCAAUGAAGAUACAAAAGGUCUUCGUGGAACCCAUUCUAGCAUUGAAGAAGUGGGAUUACCAUUAGCUUCGCCUUCUAGAGGCAUACGUAGGCCACCCAUUGUAGAAGAAUUUUCUGAAACCGGAGUAACUGCUGCAUCUGGAAGUGCCUCCAUGGACCAGAGGAAGGAACUUGUUAGUGCGAGAUUGACUGAAAUCUCAGGGACUAAGAGAAAGGAUGGGGAAUUGAAACAAAGAAAACUUCAGCGUAAAGAGCAAAUCCCAAGAGAUAGAUUUGACGAAUGGGAGGAAGCAUAUAAACUUGAGAGCGAGCAGCGAAGAAUUGAUGAAAUGUUUAUGAGGGAGGCACUUUUGGAAGCUAAGAAGGCUGCUGCUUCUUGGGAGGUGCCUGUUGGGGCUGUACUUGUGCAGCACGGGAAGAUUAUUGGUCGUGGUUGUAACCUAGUGGAAGAGCUACGAGACUCCACUGCUCAUGCAGAAAUGAUUUGCAUACGGGAGGCUUCAAACUCGCUACGCACUUGGAGGCUUGCGGUCUGGUUUAUCAAACCCCAAGGGGUGGCGUAGUGGUCUUGUGGGUGAACCGUGUAAACCGGACGUCUUGGGUUCGAAACUGCACAUUUAUACUCUUGGGGCCAUCGGAUUGGGAGAAUUUAUGUUCACUUACAGAAACUCCAUACCGAGGGUUUGUGCACUCCAGGAUUAGUUGGUACUUUGUCCUGGACACCUAGUGCCAAUAAAAAAAGUCUGAUUUAUAAAAAAAAAAGGAAAUCAUUUUUGGUGAGCAACUGUCUUACUAACUGAAUAAGCAAGCUAAUAUUGCUGACAUAAAGACUGCAGUCUUCUCUUACUUCCAACUUCCUGAUACAGUCCAGGUAAAUGUUCUCAAUGAUGUUGAUUCCUUUUUUUGAAAGAAGAGGACGGUACCCCCUUAUUAUUAUUAACCCUUAGAGCAAUACUGUCGUAACAACUUAUACACCUUGGUGCUUCCAAAGAAAAAUCAAGCAGUGGUGCUCAUUCCUCUUUUUGGAAGAUGGUGUUCUCUAUGAUGCUCUUCAUUGUGGUUCACAUGAAGUGCAUUUUUUUUUAUUGGCAUCAGGUGUCUGGGAACAGCAUCUUGACUAAUCCUAGGGGUGCAUAGGCCCUUGGCAAUGAGUUUCCCUCAAGUGUACCCCGGGUAAUUUGUUAUGAUCCUGAGGGUUAAAGGUUUAAUCAAAUUUGUAUCUAACGGUCUUAGGGUUUUUGAUUCAAUGGUUGGGUAUUUAACAAUUGGUAUCAAAGUAGGGAUCAUGUCACGAGUUCAAGUCACGGAGGGGUGACCUAUAGGCUGUAUUAAAAUGCCUUAGUAUUAUGUAUGGGCAUAGUGUUAAGUCAUUAAAUAUUGAUGGAUGAGUGAAGCUGUCAAAAGGAAAAGUGUUACCACCGGGUCAGUGUCGAUAGAGUGGGCCGCCGUGGAUAUUGGAUUCGGAAGCGUGGUAGAAUGUUAUGAUCUUGAGGGUUAAAAGUUUAACCAAAUUAGUAUCCAAUAGUCUUAGGGCAUUUGGAUCAAUGGUUGGGUAUUUAACAUAAUCCAAGGGGAAAAUUCCCUAGUCUGAGGGCUCCUAGAGAUUAUUUGCACCCAAGGAGAUUUGAACCUUAGACCUGGGGGGAACAUACCCCCAAGCCCAAUGCCUUUACCACUUGAGCCAACCCAUAGGGGUUAAGUGCGUAUG